GGCAUAUGAAGUCCUUUUCCAAGAAAGAAGAGGAAAAUGGAAAUUGGAACUCUUGAAGGGUUUCGUUUCGAAACGGAGGCAGCAUUUGCGUGUUGGCUUGGGUUCGUUUCGAAACGGAGGCAGCAUUUGCUUGUUGGCUUGGGUUCGUUUCGCGCCUGCUUGCAUCCUUUUACAGGUUGGUUUGGUGGUGUUCCUUUGCUCUGCUUCUCUCCAUAUCUUCUAUUUAACGAAGGGCUCUGCUUUUUCUGCUGUGCAUAUCCAACCGUUAAACACAUUCUUUUUUUUUUGUUCUCUCUCUCUCAGUUUGACCCGCUCGUCAAGGCCUUCUCUCUCUCUCUCUCUCUCUCAUGGAAUCCUCUGCUACCAUCGCCAUGAAAGCUUCUUCUUCGUCUUCAUCUGUUUUUUCUAUCUCUCAAACCCAGAUUUCUAACCCAAAAUCACUUCUUUUCAACUUCCUUAAAACACCCAGAACCAAUAAAAAAUCCUUGUUUAAGUCUCUCAAAUGUAUCCAAUCUCCACCUCCUGGUUCAACUCCUUCAAAGCCCAUUUCUUUUUCCUGCUCUGCUGUCACCGUGUCUCCCUCACAGACCGCUCAUCUCCCUCCACGUAAACUCUCCAGCCUUCUCUCCGAAUUCCAAUCCCUUUUAGAGCCUCUCGACCGUGUCAAGCGUCUCCUUCACUAUGCUUCUAUCCUCCCUACUCUCCCAGCUUCUUCUCGUACCGACUCGAACCGGGUCAUGGGCUGCACGGCCCGAGUUUGGCUCGAAGUCCAGAUGGACUCUGAGGGGAAGAUGAGAUUUUGGGCCGACAGCGAUUCGGAGAUCACGAAAGGAUUCUGCGCAUGUUUGGUUUCGGUUCUUGAUGGGGCGGCGCCAGAGGAAGUGCUGGGAUUGAAAACAGAGGACUUGGCGGCGCUUAACGUGGGACUGCCUGGUGGGGCAAGGUCUCGUGUAAACACGUGGCAUAAUGUGUUGGUUAGUAUGCAGAAGCGAACCAGGGCCUUGGUUUCUCAGAAGGAAGGCAAGGCCCCGUUUGAACCGUUUCCUUCGUUGGUGAUCACGGCUGCGGGUGUUCAGCCAAAAGGAAGCUAUGCCGAGGCUCAGGCAAGAUAUUUGUUCCCGGAUGAGUUAAAGGUGAAAGAACUUGUCAAUGUUCUGAAAGAGAAGAAAAUUGGUGUAGUUGCUCACUUUUACAUGGAUCCUGAAGUGCAAGGCAUCUUAACUGCUGCUCAGAAAGAUUGGCCUCACAUCCAUAUAUCUGACUCGUUAGUCAUGGCAGAUACAGCUCUCAAGAUGGCAAAAGCUGGAUGUAAAUUCAUAACCGUUUUGGGUGUAGAUUUUAUGUCAGAAAAUGUGCGUGCGAUUCUUGAUCAAGCUGGCUUUGGAGAGGUUGGUGUCUACAGGAUGUCAAAUGAACGCAUCGGUUGUUCUUUGGCUGAUGCUGCUGCUACACCUGAUUAUAUGAACUAUCUCAAGGCAGCUUCUAACUCACUUCCUUCUUUGCACGUUAUUUACAUUAAUACUUCACUAGAAACAAAAGCUUAUGCUCAUGAGCUUGUACCUACAAUCACUUGUACUUCUUCAAAUGUUGUGCAAACCAUUCUGCAGGCUUUUACUCAAAUCCCAGACUUAAACAUAUGGUAUGGGCCUGAUUCCUAUAUGGGUGCUAAUAUAAAAGAGUUGUUCGAGCAGAUGACUUUGAUGUCUGAUGAGGAAAUUGCUGAAUUAUACCCAGAACAUAAUAGAGACUCAAUUAAAUCACUGCUUCCUCGCCUGCACUAUUAUGAGGCUGGAACAUGUAUUGUUCAUCACCUUUUUGGACAUGAGGUUGUAGAGAAGAUAAAUGAAAUGUACUGUGAUGCAUUUCUAACAGCACAUUUAGAGGUUCCUGGAGAAAUGUUCUCUUUGGCAAUGGAAGCCAAGAGAAGAGGAAUGGGUGUUGUAGGCUCCACUCAAAACAUAUUGGAUUUUAUAAAACAAAGGGUUCAGGAGGCAUUAGAUAGAAAUGUUGAUGACCACCUCCAAUUUGUCUUGGGUACAGAAUCAGGAAUGGUGACUGCAAUUGUUGCAGCUGUUCGCAGUUUGUUAGAUUCUUCAAAGUCAACUUCUACAGCAAAAAUCAAUGUUGAAAUUGUCUUUCCAGUCUCAUCUGAUUCAAUGACAAAAACAUCUACGAGCUCAUCCCCAGUUCUUGAAUCAGUUAAAAUGGGUGAUGUUAUACUCCCUGUUUUACCUGGAGUUGCAAGUGGGGAGGGAUGUUCUCUUCAUGGCGGUUGUGCAUCUUGUCCAUACAUGAAGAUGAAUUCUCUUACCGCACUCCUAAAAAUUUGCCGCCAAUUACCUGAUGAAAGAAAUAUCCUUGAGGCAUAUGAAGCUGAACGGUUCAAGUUGCAAACCCCUCAAGGAAAAAAUAUUGCAGAUGUUGGAUGUGAGCCUAUAUUGCAUAUGAGACACUUUCAGGCCAAGAAAGAAUUGCCAGAGAAGCUUGUCUACCAGGUUCUUGGUCCACAUGGUAAUGGAAAGUCAGUGUCUAUAAGCUGAGCCGGUCCAGGAAUGCAUGCUGGGUUUUGGCCUAACGUGUUUUCCUCCAAGCAGAUUAGGUUUGGAUAGGGAUAUCGCUCCAUCAGAGGUUCACACAGGGUCUUCACACCCCCCUCUCUCUCACUGUCCUCCAAGUUGCUAGUUAUAAUAGUCAAUGUAGGUCAGUGCUAGUUUUAUAGGAAAUCAAAGUGGAUUCAGUCCUGGUUUGUGUUGUAGACAUUGUAUAGCUAUUAGUUCUACAGGGAAGAAAUCAUCUUCAAGAAGGCUUGAAUUCUUAAGAGUAGUGUACACCACGACAAUUCCAAUUCUAUGCAAGAAAGUAGGCCCCAAGUUUAGUUUUGUCCAAAUCACUUUUUUGUUGUAAACGAAAAUGUUCACCGCCAUUUCCAUCUGAAAAAACUACAUAAACCAUUCUUGAACUUGGAUGUAUCCUUAAAAUGGCAUACGGUUGCCUAUGAUUAACCCUUUUUCUCUUCUUUUCCUUUGA